UCAGGCCAGGACAGAGGCACUCUAUCCACCCCCCAAACAUCCACCCAGUCCCAUUCUCAUACUGAUUUCGCCCGUGUUGGAUCUGAACACGCUCCUGGAGCUCUACUCUUGCUGAGAGCGAUACUCCUGACCUUAAACGUGAUCUGUGUUGGAUUCAUUUUCUCUGUUUUGUGGAAGGAGACGACUGUGUUGGAUAUUCACCGGCAGAGGACGGAUCUUCAUGUGUCGCAGGGAGCUGUGGACAGCUCAGUGGAUAUGGACCGCCUGAACAGGAACAUGCCCGAGUGUGGACGGCAAACUCACCAGGUGUUACAGAGCACCCCCCUGGACCUGAUCGAGACCGGAAAGGGGCUGAAGUUCCAAGCAGAGCGCCCCCACUUGGUGAGCUUGGGGAGUGGACGACUGAGCACAGCCAUCACCCUGCUGCCACUGCCUGAGGGCCGGACCACUCUGGGUCAUGGUCCCAUGGACAUCAGCAUCCAGGGUCCUGGUGUGGCAGCUCAGCACUGCUACAUAGAGAACAGGUCAGGGGUUAUCACGCUGCACCCCUGUGGGAACCUCUGUGCUGUUGAUGCCAUCCAGAUUAGACAGCCCACUCGCCUGUCACAAGGCUGUAUGCUGUGUUUUGGCCAAUCAGCCUUCUUUCGCUUCAACCACCCCGAGGAAGCCUUCAGGAUGAAGAGUAUGAUGCCCCAAGGAGGAAGUGUCUCUGCUGGAGACUACAGACUCUGUGCAGACACAGAGAGCUUGGUCAAUGGGAAUCACCAGGCCAGUCCAGCCCAGUGUCCCCCAGCUCCUGGAGAGAAAGUCCAAUCCGAGCACAGCGCUAUCGUCAGCUCUAUUGAGAGGGACCUCCAGGAGAUCAUGGAUUCUCUAGUCAUGGAUGACCCUCAGCCUUCUUCAUCGGAGGCCAAAAAGAUUCCCGGGGGCCAGUCCGCAGCUCACUCUCCGCUGUCACCUAUGGUCAACGGAGGGGGCCGGUAUCUGUUAUCACCUCCUACCAGCCCAGGGGCCAUGUCUGUGGGGUCCAGCUAUGAGAACACAUCGCCUCCUUUUUCCCCACUGUCCUCACCCUCAGCAGCCAGCAGUGGAAGCUUCACCAGUCCAUCUCCUAGUGGAGGACCCCAGGACCAGAGUUCUUCUCUGCCGCCAGUGCCUGUACGCUCCUCUAGCUACAACUUCACCGCCCAGCCUCCGCCGGUACCCCAGCCACGGACCAUAUUGCCUAACUUCAGCAGCAGUGGGGUGAGCCAAAAGGUUCAGGAAAGCCCCAGGUUGCCACGAAAGGUCUUAACAGAGGCUCUUCCAAGCCCCAAGCCAAGCCACAGAGGACUGGGCCAAGAUGGGUCUGAGAGCCCUCGGCAGACCCCCCUUCUGUCCUCCAGUGAAUCUCUUAGCAGUAGAAACGCUGUGCCAAGUAGCCCCAGGCUCACACCCAAGUUUCCAACCUGUUCAUCCCCAUCGCCCUCCAGCCCCAGGACCAAGACUGCGACAGUGCUCCAAGAAAGACCUGCCAGCCCCUUCAGAGAGCACGCCCCUCUGGCCGAUCGCUCUCUUACUUCCAGCCCCUCCAGGCAGCUUUCCCAACCCACCAGAGCGUUCCAGCCUCCCCUGGACCCUAUCGUCCACAUAAUCCAAGGAUCACCUCUCCAGCAGCAUCCACGCUCGUUGCAGCCCCCAGAAAGCCCUCGCUUGGCCCGAAGGAAUGUGGAAGUGAAUGGGGGCGGUGGAGCGGGCAGCAGUAUGAGAGAGUUGCCACCUUUAAGCCCCUCCUUGGCUCGCAGAGGGAUUCCAGUUCUCCCAGGGGCACUUCCGGGCACGGUGAACCCACUGAGGCCUCUGGACAGCCCCUCAAAUCUGGGCAAGGUUGUUCCAGAGAGCCCCAGACUUCGGCGCAAGUCGGAGGAGCAGACUUGCGGCAGAGGCAUCCGAGCUCGCAGUCCUUCACCUACCUCUUUGUUGACGGAGGGCAGCGUCGGGGGCGCGGGGGUACGGAAAGCGAGCUUUGGGAAUUCCUUGUCGCCUGCUUACAGUCUGGGCUCGUUGCCGGGUUCCUCUCCUGUAGCCAGCCCAAGGACCCACAGAAAGAUGUCUGCAGGGAGACCGCACCCCGGUAUGAGGGAGAGAAAGAACAGCAUCACAGAGAUCAGCGACAACGAGGACGAUCUGCUGGAGUACCACCGACGACAGAGAGAGGAGAGGCUCCGCGAGCAGGAGAUGGAGAGGCUGGAGAGACAGCGACUAGAGACCAUCUUAAACCUCUGUGCUGAGUACAACAAAGGAGAGGGCACCGGCCUGGAUCCGCUGUGCUCGGGGAGGUUGGGAUUCCCAGGAUGUCUGGAGAACGCGCCAGGAGGGAUGGCGUCUUCAAACACGCUCCGUCUAGCACAGAGACAGAGGGAGAGCGACGAGGAGAACCUGAAGGAGGAGUGUAGUAGCACAGAGAGCACUCAUCAGGAGGUGAGGACGUCUCCUGCUCCCAGCGCAGCAUCCACACUGCACAAUGGAGACAGACAGCACGAGGACUCCUCCAGCGCAGGCAGCGGUGGUCGUGUGGAGCUGGGCUACCUGGAGGAAGAGCGGGUCCGUGUUCUGGCUCGGAUUGACGAGUUCAAAACCCGGCUGACAGAACUGGAGCAGCAACUCCAAGAGUCCAAACAAGAGGCUGAGAUGGAGCGCGCCUUACUGCAGGGCGAGAGGCAAGCAGAGCUCGACCAGAUAGAGACGGAAACAGAUAUCAUCGCUCAGCUGCAGCACAAGCUGGACGAGCUGGAGAGCGCCAUCCAGAGAGAGAAAGACAAGGAGAGGGCUAAUGUUGAGGCCGAGCGCCGGGUUCUGCAGAGCCUCCAGGAGGGCUACGCUGAGCUGAAGAACCAGCUUCAUAAUUGUCCCGAGUCCCUGCGGGAACAGUUGCAGGAACAGCUCAAAAGGGAUGGAGAGGCACUGGAAGCAGGAACUAAAAAGUUUGAGGACCUGGAGUUUCAGCAGCUGGAGAGAGAGAGCAGCCUGGAGGAAGAGCGAGAAACCAUCAGCCAGCAGCUGCUGCAGGAGAGAGCCGAGUACCAGCACAGUGUGGCCAAGAGGAAGGAGAAGGUGUCGGCUCUGGAGAACCAGGCCAACCAGCUCGGCCUGCAGGCAGCUCAGGAGUGUGAGCGGCUGGCUAAAGACCGAACGCUCACACUGCAGAUGCUCCAGAAGGAGAAGGAGAGGCUGUCAGCCCUGGAGAAGAGAUACCACAGUCUGACUGGAGGAAAGAGCUUCCCCAAGUCUUCCACUGCCAUGAGGGAGGAAGCGCUCCAUAUCAGCGAGGCCCACCUGUUGUUGGAGGACUUCCGCUCCUCCCAGCGCUCCCUCUGUCGAGCCUCUCCUUCCUACUUACACCCCUCCCCUCCCUGUCAGUUGUACCCCAGCAGCCCUACAGAGGAUUAUGUGACAGUGGGCCAGUUAAAUCAGAUGUAUGGGAUGCCAAAGGUGGAGUCGUCCCCUACCUCCCCACUUCGCCAGCCCCUGCAGCCCGGAGCAGUAGACCCCACCUUCUCCUGCCUCCCCUCUCCUCAUGCCUCCUUCCCCCCUCUCUCUUUAGAGUCUGAAGGCUGCAGGCCUCACCUGUCCAAGCUAGACUUAGAGCAGUGGUACCAGGAGCUGAUGGCUGGCUCCAGCCACCUCUGUCCUCCCUCUUUGCCAGCCAGAUGUUUGUCGGGCCGCAGGCCUGUGCUGCAGGUGUUCCGCUCCAAGCUGGACAGCGAUCCCGGCUUUUCCUUCCACCAGCCUAAGUCCGGCUCUGCUUCCCCCCUGCAGCAUGGAGCAGCAACGCUAGGACGCAACACAGGCUCCAAGAGCCCCCUGCUGGCGGUCGGCAGCACCGGAAGUCUCCCCAGGAACCUGGCUGCAACGCUGCAGGACAUCGAGACCAAGAGGCAGCUGGCUCUGCAGCAGAAAGAGCCCCAGACCUCCAGACAGAGCGCCGUAGAGGAAAGCUCAGCAGGUCAGCAGGUGAUCGAAGAGCAGCGCCGCCGUCUGGCCGAGCUCAAGCAAAGAGCAGCAGCCGAGGCUCAGUGCCAGUGGGAGGCCCUCCACGGCUCCCAGCCUCACCUCAUGACCUCGUCCUCCCCGUCUCCCUCCUACUCCCCCAUCAUGGCCUACAGCCCCGCGCUGAGCCACACUUCCUUGGGGCCCCCUCCUCUGGUUCAUCACUCCAUCCUGCACCAUCAGCCCCCGUCGGCCGGGGAGCAGCCGUACGACACCCUGAGCCUGGAGAGCUCGGAUAGCAUGGACACCAGUGUGUCCACUGGGAACAACUCGGCCUGCUCGCCUGACAACAUGAGCGGUAUUGGAGGUGUGGACGCGCUGAAGAUCGAGGAGAUGGAGAAGAUGCUGAAGGAGGCGCAGCUGGAGAAAGCCAGACUUAUCGAAUCGCGGGAACGGGAGAGCCUGGCUCGCCGUCAGAUGCUCGAGGAGGAGAGGAGGAGGAGGGAGGAGGCCGAGAAGAGACUGCAGGACGAAACUUUCCACCGGCAGCAGCUGGUGGAGAAGGAAGUCAAGAUGAGGGCCAAGAACUUCUCUCAGGCCCGUCCUAUGACUCGCUACCUGCCCAUCAGGAAGGAGGAGUUUGAUUUGCGCUCGCACAUCGAGUCGUCGGGUCACAGCGUGGAGACGUGCUAUCACGUCAUCCUCACCGAGAAGAUGUGCAAGGGCUACCUGGUGAAGAUGGGAGGCAAGAUCAAGUCGUGGAAGAAACGCUGGUUUGUGUUCGACCGCCUCAAAAGGACUUUCUCGUACUAUGUUGACAAACACGAGACCAAGCUGAAGGGAGUGAUCUACUUCCAGGCUAUAGAAGAGGUUUACUACGAUCACCUGCGCAGCGCCACAAAGAGCCCCAACCCCUCGCUGACCUUCUGUGUCAAGACCCACGACCGCCUCUAUUACGUGGUGGCCCCGUCGGCCGAGGCCAUGAGGAUGUGGAUGGACGUGAUCGUCACGGGAGCGGAGGGGUACACGCAGUUCAUGAACUAAGAGGAGCGCUGGGACGAGCUGGCGGCUUUGGCGGGGACGCUCCCAUCACAGACUAAGACUCUUCCUGUUUCCUGUCCUCCGAUGGCUCGCCUUCCUGUGUUACUUUUCAUUUUGAAUCUAACAUCUUUGAUUUGACCGUGUACUUGUUUCCACGUCCACUCUAUGUGAUUCUGUUUGGAUUUAAAAAGGGAGGACACACACACACACACACACACACACACACUCGUCUGUAUAUAAACCAAAUGUAAACCUGUCAAAGACUUUAUUACAAAGCCUUUCUAUAUUGCCAAAUGGAGAUCUUAUAGUUAACUGUUUGUUGAACUUUUGUAUUUUUUGUUCCUUUAUUUCUUUUUUACUUGUAGAGAAAAUUGCCAAAUCACACGAUGCCAAUGUUUUUUCCUUUCGUGACUUUGUUAGACAGGAACAGUUUGAUUGAAUCCUGUAAUCAUUUUUAGAAAUAUUUCAAAAAAAAAAAAAUCUCAUUUCCAAUGUAUAACCUGAGAAAUACUGUAAUCCCUGAGUGAGCCGGAGCUGGAGAGGACGUUUGUAACGGCGAAACACAGAGGAGCGUGUUUCAGCUUCACACUGAAGACGAACACUAAGCCAAUCAGCAUCCACAGCUACACCCACGGCUCCACCCUGUUCCUAUCUCCACACACAGGCUUACCAAAGUAACUGGAAGUGACGUUAGACUGUGAGCCGCUACGCUCAGGAGUUCACUCUGCAGUUCUCACAGCAGUUUGCCCUGUGGAGGGUUGGGAAGGUGUCAGUAUUGAAGCUGCUCGUUGACCAGGCUUUGUGCAGGAUUUGGUGCAUUUCAGUUAAUGUGGUACAAUACACAGUACUGUGUAUCAAAGCUAGCAAGAGCUGGUGAGACACUCAAACAUGUAGCUAAUGCCACAAGAGCGUUAGCUUAGCAUGAAGACUGGAAGCCCUGAGAAACGUUAGCCUGGAUCUGUGUGAAAAAAACAGUCGUGGUUUUAGUGCAUCUCAUUGGCUGUCCCACUCAGUCUUUAUAGUAAACUGGUCAUUUCCUUUGCUUUAUCUACUUGGUUCUUGGUGUUUUGUAUUUAGCUAAAGCUAGGUAACGUUCUUAGCAAGCUAAAAAUGAGACAAGCUGCUAGCUUAAACGUCUCGCUUUCUAGCUAGCUCUGUCCCUUUGCUUCCAGUCUUUUUGCUAGUCUGAGCUAAUGCUAUAUAACUCUUAAAGAGGACCUGGCCUUCUGUAUUUUCAUGUAGGUACAGUAUACAGGUUGUAUACAUUCAGUCAUUAUUUCAAUCAUUUUUGCGGCGUCACAACAAACUGAUCAGCUUGUCAAUCAGUCAUCUGCUGUAGGCACAAGAAGCCUGAGCAGUACAGGCGUAACAUAAACACUGCACGCUGCCCCAUGGUAGGCUUCCUGACGUUCUGCAAUCAGUGAUAGUGGGCUUUCAGGGAGGGGAGGGAGUCUUGAGAGACGGAUGCUGAAAUGGCCCAGACAGGAUGAACCGAGGGGCUCUAAAGUUGCCCAACUAAAGAUGAACUGAAAGCAGAGAGCGAGAUGGGUCCUCUUUAAGAAAGCGUUCAUAAUCCAGACGCUCAUCGGUUCUUUCACAGCUUUGAAACUGGACUUGCCCCAAAAGUUUUUCAUGUGCUGUUUUUAAACCAGGGGCGACAAGCUCGCCUCAUCAUCAGCUAGCCACAAUCUCUACUUUCCUAAAUUAUUAAUUACGUAAUGCAGAAGCGGUCGGUCUAUCACAUUCACUGGGGGACCUUGAGUCUCAGAGACUGACCGCUACACUGGUCUCACCAAAGCUGCCACGUUCUCAGUGCACUUGUGAAUAUGUUGAACAGGAAUCUCUCACUGUGUCUGUAUCAAGCUGUCAUUUUGCCAACUCUAGGUGCAAACUGCAUCUCUUCGUGUGCACAAAGUGGUAAAUCUUCUGUUUGCCAAGUAGCCUUUAGCUAACCUGAUAUGACUGCUGGGAAGCAGCCAUCACCACUGCCAGCCUAAGCAACGGCUACCAGAAGGCACCAAUACAGGACCACACAACACUACGGACUGAUGCAAUUCAGAACUGUGCCUUGACUAUGUUGUUAUUGUUGUCGAUGCCGUGUCUGUGAGUACAGCACAGCCUCUCUUGGAGGUCCCAGUUAUAUGAAUGCAUUGACUUUGUUUCUGAGCUUUGCCACUGGGAUGUGGCACCAGAGGCCCUGAGUGGUGGGGAUCAGCUACGACACUAUUGGACAAAUGUAAUUUUAUGUUUUAUUUUUCUUUCGACCAGUUUAAUUCAAUAUUUAUUUCGUCGUAGCAUCAAUUAAGUCGUCUGUUACAAAAGUGGAGCGAGAAUCCCAGCGUUUGGUGACUGUAGGGAGGAAGAACUUCAGUAGAUCCAGGAUCAGGGAGGGGCACAGAAAGACCUGAUAACAAUAAAAAGAAUGAAAUGCUUAGUAUGAAAGCAGCUGUAUGCAGAUUUAAGGUGGAAUUCACCAGUUUAACUAAAAAAAACAAGCGAGUUGCAGUACUGACGAUAUAUGCUGUACUGAAGUAAAGGUAGAAGUAUUUAUACUCCACUGCAUUCUCUCAUUUUACACUCUAAAAGCUGAACGUCGUGGCCGUCAGCUCAUUUAUGUAGCUCGUUUGUUUUCAGUUGAAAUCGGCACAGUUCCAUUUUUAUGGAAUGAUUCUUCUACACAACCCUACAAAGGGUCAUACUGCAUAACGAGUACAGCUUUUUACACUGCAGUAUUGCUGCUUUCAAUAUUUAGUUGUCCAUGCUGACAGGUGGCUCUUUCAUUAAGUACCCAAACAUUUCCCCUGCAAUGGAGCGAUGGGCUGAUUCCUUGGUUCCAUUAUGAACAUUUGUCUUAAAACUAAAACCUGCUCAGUCUCUUUCUGUGGCCCGCUGCCUGCACCAGGAUGGAUAAAUCGAUCUUGCACCUCGGCUUUAAUGGAGCACCUCAUCUCACCGUGGUUGGUUUGGGAUCAGCAGGUUUCCAGUGCUACUCUGAUUUGUAGGAGCAUUCGGAGCUGGUUUCAUGUGUCGGUACAGUGAUGAUCACUUAUGGUUGUGGUGCCUGAGACAGUGAUAUGUUUACUUGUUAUAAGACUAGUGAAAAGACCUUAAUAUACUCUGUCCCUACCACCCACUUGCCUUUUAUUUCCCUGCACAGCGAGGACGUGCAAACCAAACUAUUCAACACUGGCGAGGCUGUUAAAUCUCGUCUGUGGAGAGCAGGUGGUGUACGCAUCACUGUCAUCUAUUCUGUAAAGACGAUGCCUGAAUGAAAACAUGGAAAUCAAACAGUAUUGUAUGGAAAGAAGUACAAUUUUUACUUGUAUCAUUUUAGAAGUUUUAUUGUCAGUUACAUUUCAGAUGGUAUGGUAGUGCUGUAUCAGCGAAUAAUCCACCUCACACUCACCAGACUCUAGUUUUCUUCAUAAAGUGGUUCCUGUCUCGCACACACACACACACACACACACACACACUCUUAGUACUCGGACCAUGCUGUUAUUGGUACCCUGUAUGCCUCGUGUCAUUUUCAUGUAUGGAUUGUGUCAGCUCUAUUAAACGACUAUCACAGAUCGGCUGCUUCCUCCACUUCAGCAGGUUCCAGUGUUGAGAGAGACAGACCGCUAACGCUGACUGAUUAUGGGCUCGUUACACAGCCAUCAUAAUGACAGCUCUAACACUGAGAAAACAAAACUUCAAUCUAAAAAUAUGUGAAAUA